UAUAUUUAUAUUUUAAACCAGUUUAAACGAAAAAAAACGGUUAAAAAUGGUUAAUCAGCACAAAAGAGCACUAUCAAGACAUCAAUUUGGAUCGUCAUCAUCUAAAAGAACAAGAGUUCCAUCAGCACAACAUGUUCCAUUAAAUGAUGAUGUUGAGGAGAAGCAGUUGCGUCGAAAAGAGCGCACAGAACAUGAUGAAAAGAAUCGAAAUAUGCUUAUUACUCCAUCAACGCCUUAUAAACAAAUGAAAUCUAGAAUGAAUUCACCAAAUACAACAAAUAAUACGGAUAUUUCAUUUUCUGGGUUUACAUCGGCUCCUAAAGUUCCAAUACUUGCUAAUUUUGAAGAAUGGAUGAAAAUGGCUACUGAUAAUAAAAUUAAUGCAACUAAUAGUUGGAAUUUUGCACUUAUUGAUUAUUUUCAUGAAAUGACGUUUUUGAGGGAAGGAGAUGGCAUCAAUUUUCAAAAAGCGUCAUGUACAUUAGAUGGAUGUGUUAAAAUUUAUACAUCAAGAGUUGAUUCAGCAGCAACAGAGACAGGAAAGCUUUUGAGUGGUCUUACGUGUGGAAAAUCAUUAAAAGUUGAUAAGGAUGAUCAGGAAGAGGAUGGUGAUAAUGAUAUGAAUGCAGAGAAUGCAGAAUUUGAAAAGCAAAAGAAAAAUAGAAAUAAGCGAUCAGAGGCGACGCUUGUUAAGGACUUUUCAGCAUUACAGAUUAAAAAGUUUGAUUUGGAAUUUUCUGUUGACCCACUUUUUAAAAAAGUUUCAGCAGAUUUUGAUGAAGGCGGUGCAAAAGGAUUGUUGUUAAAUCAUUUAUUUAUUGACCGUCAAGGUAGAAUUGUUUUUGAUACAGAUGAUGCUAUACCAGAUGAAAUUGAUUCAAUUUCUAAUGAGAAUAUUGAAGAUAUUGAUUUAAGUAGUCUUCAAGAAAAAUUUAUGUCUAUUAUGUCUAAUUUAGAUAAUAUUGAAAUAUGUCCCUCAUUCAAGAAUUUAAAUUUUGGUGGAGAUUUUUCUUUUUCUUCAUUAAAAAUUGUUAGUGAUUUUAAUGAAGAAAAUGGAAAUUUUUUAAUUAGUGACACUGUUUUACCUGAUGAAGAUGGAUCUGCAGAUGAAUAUGAUAUUGAUAAUAAACAACUUCCUAUGAUUAUUGAGGAUAAUUCUUCUGAUUUGCAACAAUGUAAUGUUUGGGGUGAAGACACAGUCUUAAAUAAAUUGGAGGAUCAUGAUGAGAAAUCAGAUCCAUUAAAAGUCUGGAAUGGAAAUGAUUUUAGUAUUACAAUGGAUGAAACAGAUGAUAAGAUUUUUGAGUAUUUCGAUCAAGCCUUAAAGAGGAAUUGGGUUGGACCCGAGCAUUGGAAAAUUCAGAGAUUGCAUAAAGGAAAAGCAGAUGUUGUAGAACCAAAAAAACAAAAGGAAAAAAAAGAGCCUUUCUUAAUUGAUUUUUUUGAUGAUAAACCCAUUGAUUUUGAUUCUUUAUUUUCCCCUGGAGGGACAAAUAUAUAUCUUCCUAAAACACAAUGGAUAUCAAAAACUCGAAAUCUUUUGCCUGAUGAUAUAUAUUUUAAUUCAAAACAACUUUUACGUUUCUUUACAAAGCCUAAAUCAAAGAUAUUUGGAAAAUAUGUAGAUUCUCGUGAAGAUAUAGAGAUUACUUCAAAAUUUUCUGCUAAAACUGGCGUUGAUAAUGAAGAGAAGAAAGACCAACCAACUUAUGAUGCAAGCUUUUUUAAUGAUCAAGAUAUCGGUGUAGCAGGCGAUAUUCAUGAUGAUGAUUACUUUUCAGAUGCAAAGGAAGAGAUCAUUCCUAAUGAUGAUGAACAUAAGACUGAUAUAGAAGUUUUAAAUUCAUUUAUUACAUCUUUUAAACCUAAAUCAGAUCAAUUAAAUUAUGCAAAAACUGCUAAAAAGGUAGACGUUAAACAAUUAAAGGAACAUAUUUGGAAAGAAUUGGAUUUUGAUAAUUUAAAAAAUAAUCAUAUCUUACAUUCUGAUCCUAAAAAAACUGAAAGGAAAUUUACUGAUAUUUUAAAAGGGCUAAAGAAUAUUUAUUCUGAAAAAGAAAUGGCUGAUAUUUCCAUUAGUUUUUGUUUUAUAUGUCUACUUCAUUUGGCAAAUGAAAAAGGUUUAAUCAUUCAAAAUAAUGAGAGUUUAACUGAAUUAAAAAUCAUGUUGGAUACAACAAUCAAACCAAUCUGAUGCAAAUUAUAUCUUAUCAAAACAGAUAUUUUUCUCCAAAAUG